AUGCCAGGACACAAGCACGGCCUCUGGGGCCCCCCUGCUGAGACCGGGGGAUCUGGAGAGGACAGUCAUUCUCGCUAUCGUCUGUCCUGCCCCGCCCUGCUCCCGCCCCGACGGGGGUCUUUCUACGUGGAGGCGGGUACGGGGGUCUCGGUGGGCAGCGUGCUGGCCUUCUGGUGCCGGGGGGGCUACCAGCUGGUGGGCGGCGACCGGGUCCGCUGUGAGGUCCGCAGGGGGCGGGCCGAGUGGAGCCACCACAAGCCCGUCUGUGAAGCCAUCCCGCGGCCUGAGGACCGGGGUCUGCGUGUGGCGGUGCUGGCCUCGGUGGUCAGCGGGGUGGUCAUCCUGGCCAUGUCCGUCUCCUUCCUCAUCUGCUGCCUGCAGGAGCGCCACGGGGGCCAGGGGGCCCCCCGCAGGGAGGGCAGGCGGAGGGAGAAGCGGGCGGGGUCGCGGCGGGGGGAGUGCUGGCUGGAGCGGGAGGAGGGGGAGUGGGACUCCUUCGCACCCCCCAAGAUCUUCCACCUGUCCCAGCGGGCGGACCCCCGGCUGGCCCCGGACAGCGCCCUCUACCUGACCGGGGGCCUCACGGGCUACGAGAACAGAGGCUACCACAGGAGCCAGGAGAGCCUCCUGAAGGCUCCCCUCCCCAGCCUCUACCGCUCAGAGUCCCAGCUCUACCCCCACGUGGUCCUUCAGAGGGUCCCCACCCCCACCGUCCCUACCGCCCCCUCGGCACACCUCCGGGGCCACUACCCGACCUCGGGCCCCUACCCCAACCCCGGCCCUUACCCGACCUCGGGCCCCUACCCCACUUCGGGCCCCUGGCCCACAUCGGGCCCCUACCCACACAACCCCGGGGCGGUCGGCCCCGCCUACCCGGCCUCCGUCUACCCCAACCCCAACCCCGCCGCCCAAAGGCCCUGGCAGUAA